AUGAUUAAAUUUGAAGAUUAUUUUUCCAUUCAAAUAUUUUUCAUUAUAUUACGUGAAACUUUAGAAACGGCAAUUAUUAUAUCUGUUUUAUUAUCAUUCAUCAAUCAACGGUCUCAUAAACAAGAAGAGGAAUCAACUUUAUCUACAAAUAAUAAUAAUAAUAAUGAUAAUAAUAAUAAUAAUGAGAAUGAGAAUGAGAAUGAGAAUGCCGUUCAUCCAAUAUCUAUAUCUCAAAGUAGAAAAGCUGAUAUGAAUCGAAAAUUAAAAUUUCAAGUUUGGAUAGGAGCUAUAUUAGGAUUAAUCAUUUGUUUUAUAAUUGGGAUAAUUUUUGUUUUAAUUUUUUAUUUUGUUGGACAAGAUUAUUGGUCAUAUACUGAAAGAGUAUGGGAAGGAUUAUUUUCAAUUUUAUCGAGUAUAAUAAUCACUAUUAUGGGGAUUGGAUUAUUAAGAAUUAAUAAAGUGAUGAAAUUAAAAUGGUGGAUAAAAUUAGGUGAUGCCUAUAACUAUAAUGGACAACAAGACGAGAGGGAGGAUGAUGAAGAGAUUUCUGCUUUGACUGAUAAUGAUAUUUUAUUUGAUGGGAAUAACAAUGGUGAGGAAGAAGAUAUUAUGAAUUAUGGGGGAACGAGAUCAAGUUCUGAAUCAAAUGAAAUAAUCACCCAUAACAAUAAUAAUGACUCUAAUUUUAGUUUUAGUUCUAGUUCUAGUUCUAAUUCUAAUUCUAAUUUUAAUUCUAAUUCUAAUCCGGGAAUUUUGAAUAAUGAUAAUGAGGAAAGUAUACCUUUAACGGCAUCUUCUAAUUUUUUUACUCCAUUCAAAAAUAAACAUCAAUCAACUGCAAAAAAUUCGAAACAGCUUCACCGCCAGUCAUUUAGUAAGAAAUAUUUUUUAGCAAUAUUACCAUUAGUCACCACAUUAAGAGAAGGAUUAGAAGCAGUAGUAUUCAUUGGUGGUAGUGCUAUGAGUUCAUCACCUCAUUCUAUUCCAUUAUCGGUAAUUUGUGGGAUUUCUAUGGGUUCAAUAAUUGGUUAUUUUUUAUAUCAAGGAGGUAAUAAAUUAUCAUUACAAUAUUUUUUGAUUUUUUCAACAUGUUUUCUUUAUAUUGUCAGUGCUGGAUUAAUGAGUCGAGGUAUUUGGUUUUUGGAAUUAGAACAAUAUGUUAGACAAUGUAAUGGAUUAGAUGUGAGUGAAACUGGUAGUGGACCUGGUUCUUAUGAUAUUGUCAAAAGUGUUUGGCAUGUUAAUUGUUGUAAUGGAUUAACUGAUGGUUGGUGGAUGGUUUUUAAUGCUAUUUUUGGUUGGACAAAUUCUGCAACUUAUGGUAGUGUUUUCAGUUAUAUGAUUUAUUGGACAAUGGUUAUUAUUUGGUUGAAAAUUAAAUUAUAUGAAGAACGUCAUGGUAUAUUACCAUUGGUUCCAUUAAAAUGGCAAUUGAAAAGAAUUCAAAAAAGAAUUAGAUUAUAUGAAUUAAGAAAAAAUCAUGAACAAGAACAUCAAGGGCAGCAACAAGAAGAAGGGCAACAAGAAGCAAGUUGA